CACACUUUAGUCGCUUGCAUUGAGUGGCAUUAAAUUCAAUUAGGGAUUAAGUUCAAGUUUAGCGUUACGAACGCAACAAACGCUAUGUAUCUAAGCUUUUUGUUAAUUAUUUGCUAUAAUCUGCCGCUUCUGUUGCGUGCUUGCCCCAUCUAUCUGACCAUUUCGCUUGAAAGUAAAACCUUACAGGAUGCUAAUCUUGAAAUAAAUUGGGGCCCCGAAUGCCAUGAUCAUCCCGAGUGGAUUGGCAUCUUCAAUGAAGACCCCUCUACGGCAUAUGUACAUCCCGAGGCACGUAUAACUAAUGUAAACAAUUCUUCCGGUAAGGUCUUGACCAAUGUGAAUGUUGGUAAAUUGCGAUUUCCGUUCGGUUGGAAUAUCAAUGAUAUUAAUACGGUGCCCAUCGAAUAUCCCAAAGGGAAAUGCUUACCAUAUUAUGUAGCCAGUUUUAAUGGUAGUGAACUACUGACGGUAGAAUGCUUAAAAAUACAACCGAACUGGAUGUCGAAACUGGAACAUAUUGCACAAAUGCCAUUGAAGGACAUUUUCAUACCAGGUACCCAUGCCUCUGGCGCUUAUAUCAACAACUCAGCAAAAACCAAAUCAGUGCUGGUUAAAGAUUAUGUAGUUGCGCAGCAAUUUGAUGUCUGGUCGCAAUUGGUAUUUGGCAUACGCUAUUUGGAUUUUAGUAUUGGCUUUGACAAAAUCGUGGACGUCUACGAUACAAGUAGUGGUGACAAUUUUUAUAUUGUCAACGAAAACAAAUUCGUUCAACCGUUAAGAAAUGUUUUGAAAGAUUUACGGCGAUUUGUUAAACUCUCCCAUGAGGUCGUUAUAUUGGACUUCAGCUGCUUUCCAAUAGGCUUUUACAAGCAUCCCGAGCGUCAUAGUAACCUACUGCAUUUGUUGCACGAAGAAAUCGGUGAUGUUGUCUACAUAAGAAACACCAGCACCACUGUGGGAUCAAAACAAUGCUUUGAGCUUACCAUCGACGAGAUUAGAAAUAAUAAUAAAUAUAUAAUAAUUCUAUAUCCAGUACAGGAGUUACCAUAUCCUGAAAGUGAAUCGAAAAUGUUAUGCCCCAAUUGGAAACGUUUCUCAACUGCUUUUAUGAAUACCUCACAAGUGCUGGACUAUAUGCGUUUGUUGUUCAGCAAAAAGGACACAUCACCAGUGCAAAAUGAAGGUUGGGUGUUUCAAGCCACACGCAGCAUGGAACAAUCACUGAACAACAACAAGCUGGAGAAAGCCAAAGAACGUGCUGCCAUUUUGAAUCCGAAAGUUAGUAGCUGGCUUAAGGGCCCUUGGAGUUUGACCGCAAACGUUGUGGCACUUGAUUAUUUCAGCAAUACAAAUAUUAUCGAUGUGGCCAUUUAUGCAAAUAUGCAUAAAGCUUUCAAUAUGGCCAAUAAAAAUUUUAUAAACUUUGAAAUUGUUAGUAAUUAAAUCAUACAAAAUAUUUAUAUUAUUAUUUAAGUAAAUAUAAAUUACAUGCACACAUAUCGUUCGCUUG